GGGGCACGGCGCAGGGGGACGGGCCGCCGCGGGUGGCCGCGCCGCGGGCACGAUGUGGAGCCGCGUCCGUGGCUGGGGCGGCGCGGCCGGGGGCUCCUGUCGGCUCGCAGCGCGGCUCCUCGCCGGGCCAGCGAGCGGCCGGGAGGCGGCAGGGGCAGCGCGGCAGGAGGGGAGGCCCGGCAGACUUUGUCUAUCAUCUAGCAAAAUACAGAAACUCUUCAGCACAAGCAGCGUGCUUUCUACUGAGAAAGUUAAAUCUACCGCUUCUGAAGACAGCACCACUGAAGUGGCAUCAAAAAGUCAGGAGGGUACACCAGAAACACCAAAGCAGAAGUUGUUGGACCUUAUUGGCAACAUGAAAGUAGAAGUGAGCUACCGGAAGAAACUCCAACAGUUAAAAACCCGUGAGGUCAAAAAUCAAGUUACAGAUAAGCUGGAAGGCACGGACGGUGAAGGUGCUGUGCUUCAGAGGACUACAGAAGACAUCAAGCGAGGCAAACCUUUAAAUCCAGAACUGGUGAAGGCUGUUUCUGCAGUCGCGUCUUCCCUACCACUCAACAAGAAACAAACAGAAUCGGAACUACUUGCACAGCUAAGACGGCACGAAGAAACCACAGAUAAACAGAAAAAGGCAGGAGUUAUUAACAUACGCAACGUUAUUUCAGAAAUGGCGGUUAAAAGGGAGUCUCGAGCUCGGCGAGGUGUGAGGAUAUCCAAUCGUAUUUCCGUGGAUUUCGAUGAGGAUGGGCAAAGAAUCAAGUCUGAAAGACUCUCACGUCAGUCUUCUGACUCCAGAAGAAGUCUCAAAGUAGGAAGGAGACUUAAUAUAUUCACUAAGGCUUCUACAGAAACAGAAAAGGCGCUGCAAACAGUAUCUUCACCAACAAUUUGGGAUCUGGAAUUUGCAAAGGAGGUUGCAGCAGUAACUGCACAGCCUCCUCGAAACGGUUUUGAGGAGAUGAUCCAGUGGACAAAAGAAGGAAUACUGUGGGAAUAUCCAAUUGACAAUGAAGCUGGGAUGGAGGAUGAUGCUGAAUUCCAUGAACAUAUCUUUCUGGAGAAACACCUUGAAGACUUUCCCAAGCAAGGACCUAUUCGCCACUUCAUGGAACUAGUCAUCUGUGGGCUUUCGAAAAACCCGUACCUCAGCGUUAAGCAGAAGAUUGAACACAUUGAGUGGUUUCAGAAGUAUUUUGAGGAAAAGAAGGAAUAUCUUCAAGAGAUUUGAGGCUUGGGAAAGUGCUUAACCUUGAAAGGAAGAAAAAUUGCAUCGAAAUUGAUGUUUUCUUAUCAUAGAAAUAUUGUCAGUGGAUAGUAAUCAUGUGACCUGAAAGUUGUAUCUUAAAUAAUAAACUGCAAGGUCAUA